ACUUUCCACCUGGAGCCCUGUGUCGUUUGCUUUUACGAAGGAAUUGCUAAAGCCCACAGCCCCCAGUGUGGGUUCUGCACCCUGGAAAUGGUGAUGACCAUCUACACUGUCCUGAGGAGCCACCCAGAACUCUCCACAGAGCAAUUAAUGGAAAUCUUGAGUGGUAAUUUAUGCUGCUGUACUGGACAGAGACCCAUUGUGGAUAGUGGGAAAAAUUUCAGUCUUAGUUCAUUUUGCUGCCAAAUGAAUGGGGAAGGUAAAUGUUGCUUGGAUCAAGAAAAAAGCCCACCAGAGAGGAGAAACUCGAUUUGUACCAAAUCGUAUAAGAAAGAAGAAUGUCAGCCCGUAGACCCAACCCAGGAACUUGCUAUUUCCGCCUCACAUCAGCAAAAUGCCCUGGCGGUUAUGAAUGCUGGAAUGACAGUCCUUUUCAAAGAUGGCACAAACACCAUUGUGGACUUCAGUGUCUAUAUGGAGGAGGUGGCCCUACUACAGUCGGUGCAAAUAAAUUCUGUCAGCAGCUUAUCGGAAGCAUCUUUACUUCAGAACCCCGGUGGAUAUCCUGACAUCUCCAAGAAACUCUUAAGUGUCCUAACAGACGUUCUUUUGACCCUACCUCAGGGGAUGUACUCAUACGAGUGUGUAGAUUCCCAGAAGCCCCUUUCCCAAGACCCCAGUGGGAUGCCCAUCAUGCCUCAGGUGGAUAUUAAACAUGCCAUGAGGGAGGCUGUAUUUUGUGAUGACAUGCCUGCCCUAGCAGAAGAGCUCUUCCUGACUGUGGUCACCAGCACCAGGCCACACGCUAAAAUCAUUUCCACUGACGCCUCUGAGGCCCUGGCAUUGCCUGGUGUAGUUGAUGCCAUAACAGUUCAGGAUGUUCCUGGUAACAAUUGCAGUGAAGAAGAAAGACUAUAUGCACAAGAAGAAGCGAUUUGUGUGGGUCAGAUUUUCUGCACUGUGGCUGCUGACAAACAUGAUCAUGCCAAGCAGGCCACAAAAGCGGUGAAGAUUGUGUACCAAGACGUGGAGCCUAUAAUUGUGAACAUUCGGCUCCUGCUGCCACACCAGAGCUCCCUGGCACCAAGCCCUGGCGGCAGCCCGAUCUUCACCUUUCUGAUGCUUGAUUAG